GCGUAUUUCGAACGGAGCUGCGAUUUCAUGGCGACCAACGGCGAUAAGGUCACGGCUACGGUGGUGAAUGGCGGAGGGCUUUCUUCUGGUGAAAACCCUAAGAAAAUCGUAGACCUCAACACUACGGAGUUAGAUCGUACUGACGACAUUCUCGACGGCGAAGUCAAGGGAUUUUCAGAUUCUGGUGAAAAGAAGGACGAAACUGACUCUAAUGGUAUUGGAUCGACGGCUGGUGUUGAUUCUGGGGAUAUAUCUCCGGUCGAUGAUAUCCAGAAGAAGAUUCGACGUGCUGAGAGGUUUGGUGUUUCGGUGAAACUAACCGAAGAAGAAAAGCGCAAUUCUCGUGCUGAGAGGUUUGGUACUGUAGCAGCAGUAGUGGUUAAUGGCUCAGAGGGAACGAAGAAAGCAGAGGAAUUGAAGCGAAAAGCUAGAGCUGAUAGAUUUGGGGUUCCUGCUGCGACCACUAGUACUGAUAACACUGAGGAAGAAGCAAAGAAGAAAGCUAGGCUCGCUCGUUUUGGGAAAGAGACUAAAGUUGAUUCUGCUGAAGAAGAUAAGCGCAAAGCUAGAGCAUUGAGGUUUUCAAAAGGGGCUUCAGCAGAUGCAUCUUCAGAUUUACCUGGGAAGCAAAAUAUUGGCAAGGAGGCAGCUGUAUCAGGAAACGCUGCUUAAGGUUCCUCAAUAAAGUUUUUCCGUCUUUGUAGUUAGGUAGUGUGCUAGCGUUUUAUGAUUCCCUCUCUGGCUGCUUCAUUCUCUCUUUAUUUCUGAAUUAGAAGUCCCUGUGUGUAGUAUCUUUAUUAAGUUUGAAGUUCGGUCGGUCGUGGCAAGGUUUUGCGGUCAUGCAAAGAUGGACGGAAGAUAAGCUGUCACCAGAUGAGAUCUUGGAAAACCAAUAAGUAACCUAUAGUUCU